AUGACUUACUGGGGAAGCCUCGUUGCGCUGGCUAGCCUGGCAGGAACUACUUCUGCCGCUGCAGCCUUGGGGGCGUACAAUAUUGACCCAAGCUCUGUAUCGGUAUCUGGUCUUUCCAGCGGCGGGUUUUUCUCAGCCCAGCUUGGGGUGGCAUAUUCGGAUGUCUUCCAGGCUGGCUUUGGCGUGUUUGCGGGCGGUCCAUAUGAUUGUGCUCGCAACCAAGCGUACACCAGCUGCAUGUAUAACCAAAAUCCGUCUAUAACUAUGCCAAUUGCAAACAUGAAGUCAUGGAGCGGCAAUAAAAUUGCGGCAACCAGCAACUUGCAGAACCGCAAAAUAUAUCUUUGGACUGGAACUUCGGACACGACUGUGGGACAGAACGUGAUGAAUGCGUUGAAUUCUCAACUAAGCAACUUUGAUAGCUCGGCUAAUGUUUCAUACGUGACGACCAGUGGAGCGGUCCACACCUUCCCAACUGACUUUGAUGGCUCUGGUGACAACUCGUGCAGUACCUCCAGCUCACCUUAUAUCAGUAAUUGCAACUACGAUGGUGCUGGAGCAGUACUGAAGUGGAUGUAUGGUACUUUGAACGCCAGAAAUACCGGCACCCUUUCUGGCUCUGUUGUUUCAUUCGCACAGACCAGUGCAUACGGUGCUUCUGGAAUGGACACCACCGGCUACCUCUAUGUUCCCGCUAGCUGUCAAAGCGGUACCACCGUCUGCAAACUUCAUGUCGCCUUACAUGGAUGCUUGCAAAGCUAUAGCAAUGUUCAGAUGAAGUUCGUUCAGAACACGGGCUACAAUCAGUGGGCUGAUACCAACAAUAUCAUCAUACUAUACCCCCAGGCAAUUCCUGACAGUUCCUUGCAUACAGUUUGGAGCGGUUCUCAACUAAGCAACCCGAACGGCUGCUGGGAUUGGGUUGGUUGGUACGGAUCGAAUGCGGACCAGAUUGGAGGAGUUCAAAUGGUGGCCAUCGUCAAUCAAGUUGCGCAAAUUAUGAGCGGUAACACUGGUGGUAGUAGUACCUCCACUAGUAGUACAACCUCGGCCACAACCUUGGCCACAACCACGAAGACUACAUCAACGACAACAUCUUCAGGUAGCAGUGGGACAGGUGCGCCUCUCUUUGGCCAAUGCGGUGGAUAUGGCUGGACUGGGCCUACGACAUGUGCUCAAGGAGUUUGCACUUUUUACAAUAUACUGUAUUCCCAGUGCUUGCUCCUUUAG